AUGGCUGUAGAAGGCCAGCCUGGACGCGUGGGCGGGCGUGGUGGAGGAAUUUGGUGGGAUGGGAUGAGGGUCGGCCGAAUUUGUGAUGUUCAUGUCCCAGCUGACCUAGCAUGCAGAGUUUCAGCUCACCCAAACUUAUUCGAGGAAUUCCGGCGCAAGAUCGUUGAGUACUUCGGAGCACCGCCCGCUUCGCAACCGGGGAAGUCCAUGGCCGUGCUAGAUCUGGAUGCGCUGGAUAUCCUGUCUUGCCACAGCCGCAGCUUGGGUCUUCAGUUGGGGCUGCUGGGUCCGGAUGGCUGCGAGUUGGAGGACGAAAUAAAGCUGGAGCGAUGCCUGCAAAACGGAGACCUGAUAGUCUUCGUUCGUGGCGAGCUGGCAUCCGUGCAUCUUGUGGACGUCGUGGAUGCCCACUAG